GCGCGGGAAGUGAAUGACAGCUCCUUGAACCAAUGGGAGAAAAAAAUGGCGACAAGCACCGCCUCCACCAUCGCACGUGGAAGAGUCCAGCGCAGGAUGGGGGAGCGGUGGAACAGUGGUAACUCUGAAGCAUGGGCAGGGGCUGCUGAGACCCUAAAUUUCAUCCCUAUUCCAGCUCUUCCGUCAUUUCGUGUGUUCCUCCCCCCAUGGUUACCAUGGUUUGCUCCCUUCCCCUACCUCGUUAAAAUGAUGGAACCGUCAUAAGGGGAAAUAAUAUACGUCACCCCGUACCUGAUUGGUUGGGGAAGUAGCUGAGCUGUUUAUGACCGUUAGUUCAACCGGCCGUGUGGGGGCGAACGGCCGUUUUCGGAUGCGCCAAGUCUGGCUGGUGCCGUCUCGCGGGGAGCACUAGGGAGGCGGCGGGGUGGGUAGGGCGAGCGCGAGCUCAGUUUCCUCAGUAAGCCGGGCCCCAGUCAGCCGCAGCGAGCCGGUAACGGGAGCUGAGCCGUCGCCAUGUCCGGCAAGAGUAAGCCUUUGGCUAGCUGCAGCUGCCCGGAGCUGGCCGCGGCGCAGCCAGUCGCAGCGGGCGGCCGAGGUGCUUCAGCUCGACUGCCCCAGGAGGCGUCUGAGCAACAAGGAAGGAGCCGCAGGGCUAACCCCCGCCAGGGGGACCCUGCCAUUGUCAAGUCUCCCAGUGACCCCAAGCAGUACAGGUAUCUCAGAUUGCAAAACGGCUUGUGUGCACUACUGAUUUCGGAUGCAAAUUACAUGGAUGGUGGUCCUUCUGAGGAAUCUUCGGAAGGGGAGUAUAAUGAUGAGAAUGAGAUUGAAACUGCUGAAGAUGAUGACUCAGGAACCGAGAUGGAAGAGGACAAGAAGAAGUAUGAGGAAGAUGAGAAUGAUGGAGAUGAUGAGGAAGAACCCACUAAUUCUGAUGAUAUGGAAAUGGAAGAACUAGCAGGAAAGGAAGAAGCAAAGAAUUUAAAUGGUACAGAGAAGCUGUCUGCAGCUGCCCUUUGUAUUGCUAUUGGGAGUUUCUGUGACCCCGAGGAUCUCCCUGGGUUGGCACACUUUCUGGAGCACAUGGUAUUUAUGGGCAGUUUGAAGUAUCCAGAUGAGAAUGGAUUUGAUCAAUUCCUGAAGAAACAUGGGGGCACUGACAAUGCUUCCACUGACUGUGAACGGACAGUUUUCUAUUUUGAUAUCCAGCAGAAAUACUUCAAAGAAGCACUUGAUAGGUGGGCACAAUUCUUCAUUCACCCACUAAUGAUCAGGGAUGCUAUUGAUCGUGAAGUUGAAGCUGUUGAUAGUGAAUAUCAACUAGCAAGGCCCUCUGAUGCAAACAGGAGGGAACUGCUGCUUGGGAGCCUUGCCAAACCUGGACAUCCAAUGAAGAAGUUUUUCUGGGGUAAUGCAGAGACACUAAAGCAUGAGCCUAAAAAGAGUAAUAUUGAUAUCUACAUCAGACUGAGGGAGUUUUGGCAGCGCUACUACUCUGCUCACUAUAUGAAUUUAAUUGUCCAGUCUAGAGAAUCUUUGGACACUUUGGAGAAGUGGGUGAAGGAAAUCUUUUCACAGAUUCCAAAUAAGGACAGCAAAUCCAUUCCUUUGCCUACUGUCGUUCCCCUGCUGGACAUCUCAGCACUCCAGCUAUGGAUCCAGAGCUGCCUCUGGGCAGUCAAUGGCUAUUGCAGCUUGUGGUACACUUCAUGCAGCAGUUUCUGCAGGUUGCCUCCCAGGUCCUGAAGGAACCCAACCCCCCUACUUAUCUUGGAUAUCCUCAUCAUCUGUCUGUGGGCUCAGUUCAUGCUGCUGGAGUCCAUCUGUCCUCUCCUGCACACCAUGCGCUGCUGCUUCUGGCGUCUGGACACCAGUUGCAGCUGGUGGGACCAGCUCGUCAUGGAGCGGUGGGGCAACCAGCAGUGGCUUCAGAAUUUCCGGAUGAGGAAGGACACCUUUCUGGAGCUGUGUGAGUAGCUCACCUCUGCCCUCAGGUGACAGGGCACUCACAUGUGAUCCUCCAUCCCCCUUCAGAAGUGGGUCGCCAUCACCCUGUGGAAGCUUGCCACUCCAGACAGCUACUGAUCCAUAGGGAGCCAGUUUGGUGUGGGGAGAUCAGUCGUCAGAACUGUGCAGGUAUGGCGCUCUCGGGCUAUUGUCCCAGGAGGGGGGUAAAGUGCUGAAAUGGGGUUCCCAAGAGAAGGGGGGAAGGUUGGUGGAAGCACCCUCCCCGGAAGGUUUUUCAGUACCACCCUCACAAAGCCCUGCCAGGGGAUGGGAUAAGUGUGUGUGGGGGGGAAGGUUACUCCUGCUGUGGAGAGGGGUUCGGGGACCUCCCGAGGGCUCCUGUAACCCUGUGAUUCUCUGUUUCUUUGUUUGUCUCCUUCUACAGGUGGUGUGGGUCAUCAACACCAUUCUGCUGCACAACCUGGGCAAUUGGAAACCAUUGUCACCGGCUUUGCCAACAUGGGCUUCCCCAACUGUGGGGGAGGGGAGAUUAUUGAUGGCACCCGUAUCCUCAUCCAGGCCCUCGAUCACUGGGCAUCUGUCUACACCAACCGGAAGGGUACUUCUCGAUGGGCCUGCAAGCUCUCAUGGACCACUGGAGCCAGUUCACUGAAAUCUACGUUGGGUGGUCAGGGAAGGCACAUGAUUCCUGUGUCUUCUCCAACUCCAAUGUGUUUCAGAAGCUGCACACCAGCACUUUUUUCCCUGACCACACCAUCAGGGUCAGGGAUGUGGACAUGCCGAUAUGCAUGUUGGGGGACUUAGCCUACCCUUUGCUGCCCUGCCUAAUAAAGCCCUACACUAGCCCCCUUGAACGCUUCAGUGGCAGGCUCAGCAGAGCCUGCAUGAUGGUGGCAGGCAUCUGAAGGUGAGGUUCCAGUACCUCCUCACUCGCCUGGACAUUGGGUAUCAGAACAUCCCACACAUGGUGGCUAUGUGCUGUGUUCUUUCCAGUAUUUAUGAGAGAAAGCGGAAGGCGUUCCUCCCUGGAUGGAUGACAGAGGCUGACCAUCCAGCAGGCCCAUCGAGGCUGUGGGCAUCCAGGAUGCCUGAAGGGAGAGUUUCUCACAAGGACCCCAGUUACACUCUCCCAUGGGCCUCCCCACUAGGGGCCUGUGCAUUGCCCCUCUGUGCCUUCCCUCCCACACUCCUCCCUUCCCUU